AUGUCCGACUUCACUCCUAGUACGUACCGGGAGGCGUUGGAUAGAGCUUUGAUGAUUGAGAUGACACAACAGCAAAUUUCCCUAGAAAAAGGAAAGGAUAAGCAAAAUGCCCAGGGUACGACUCCAACACAGAAACAACAGAACCAAGGUCAGAAGAAACGGAAGAAAUGGCAGGGAUCCCGGGCUACUUCAGGGGAGUCCUAUCGAUCAUCAAAGACAGGACGAUCAUCUGCUGGUUCUUCUAGACCUCCUCAGAAGGACUCUUCGGAUGGACUUAGAUGUUUUAGAUGUGGUGUUGAGGGCCACGCUAAACCUGACUGCCCAUUGAGCCAAGAUAUAUGUUACUACUGCAAGCUUCCGGGACAUGUGAGCCGCGAUUGUACUCUGAAGGCUCAGCUGCAGGCUGCCAAGACUGGUACUGAGAUGCCGCCGGCAUGCACAGAGGCAGGACAUGUUUAUGCUAUUACUAAAGAGGAGGCACAGCGGGCCGAGGGAUCGGUCUUUCGGGAUACUGGUAGUUCCCAUUCUUUCAUUUCUUGGAUAUUUCUGAGUAAGAUUUGUAGAUUAUCGGUUCGUCGGACUCAUAUAUUAGCGGUAUCUUUACCCUCGGGAGAGAUACUAAAUAUCAGUCAGGAGAUUAGAGAUUGUCCGUUGGAUUUCGAGGGUCAGACCCUGGUAGUGGACUUGCAGGUUCUAGAUAUGCUAGAAUUUGACAUCAUUUUGGGUAUGGACUGGUUGGCCAGAUAUUAUGCUACCGUGGAUUGUAGCGCGAGAGUGGUUACAUUUAGACCUCCGGGUCUACCAUCCUGGGUAUUCAUGGGUACCAAGGAUGAGGGGAUUUCUGUCAUCUCAGCUAUGCAAACUCAGAGAUUAUUGUCUCAAGGAUGCCAGGGGUAUUUGUUAUCUAUGAUUAAGACUGAUCAGGAUCAUACCCCACCGCUUUCUGACAUUCUUAUAGUUCGGGAGUACCCCGACGUAUUUCCAGAGGAAUUACCCGGCUUGCCCCCAAAGAGGCAAGUGGAGUUCACGAUUGAGUUGAUUCCGGGGACAGCACCGGUAUCAAAGGCUCCAUAUCGCAUGGCACCUAAAGAAUUGGAGGAGUUAAAAGUACAGUUACAGGAGCUGCUGGAUAGAGGGUUUAUCCGUCCUAGUGUGUCUCCAUGGGGAGCUCCGGUACUCUUUGUGAAGAAAAAGGAUGGAUCGAUGAGAUUAUGCAUCGACUAUCGGCAGCUGAAUGCAGUGACUAGUAAGAACAAAUAUCCACUGCCACGUAUAGAGGAUCUGUUUGAUCAGCUCAAGAAUACUUGUGUGUAUUCAAAGAUUGAUCUGCGCUCUGGCUAUCAUCAGCUCAGUUUCGUGAUUGUGUUCAUCGAUGACAUAUUGAUAUAUUCUCGAUCCGAAGAAGAACAUGGGCGACACCUUCGUAUAGUAUUGGAGACGCUCCAGCGAGAACGUCUCUAUGCAAAAUUCAGCAAAUGUGCAUUCUGGUUAUCUUCUGUGGGUUUUCUGGGACAUAUUGUUUCUAGCAGUGGUAUAUCCGUGGCCCCACAAAAGAUAGAGGCUGUUACCAGCUGGGAGCAGCCAAAGUCUGUACAGGAAAUUCGUAGCUUUCUUGGUCUGGCCGGGUAUUACCGCCGAUUUGUUGAGGGCUUCUCUAGCAUAGCUCUGCGUUGA